UGCGGGUUUGCCACUUGAGCGCGACCACGACCACAAAAUCGAGUUGGAGCCCGGCGCGCAACCGAUUGUUCGGACUCAAUGGCGGUUGACUCAGCCCGAGCUAGAUGAACUUCGAUGCCAGUUGGACUACCUGCUUGAGAAAGGUUUCGUUCGCCCUAGCACUUCCCCAUUUGCAGCUCCGAUCCUGUACACCCCGAAGAAAGAUGGCGGUCUACGAAUGUGUAUUGACUACCGCGCAUUGAAUCGGGUUACCAUCAAGUCCCGCUACCCUAUCCCGCGUGCCGACGAACUCAUCGACCAACUUUGUGGAGCCAAGUUCUUUUCGAAAAUUGACCUGCGAGGCAGUUACCAUCAGAUCCGCGUGAACGAAGCUGACUAUUACAAGACGGCGUUUCGGACCCGGUACGAAAGUUAUGAGUACACGGUUAUGCCAUUUGGCUUGACAAACGCGCCUUCAACGUUCCAGUUAGCCAUCAACGAACUUUUUUGGCCGCUGCUGUAUAAAUGCGUUAUUGUGUACCUCGACGACAUCGUGAUCUACAGCACUACCUGGGAACAGCAUUUGAAGGAUUUGGAAGCAGUUUUCUCUCUCCUGCAGCAGCACCGAUUCAUCACAAAGGGAUCUAAGUGCGAGUUUCUCAAACAUGAACUGGAGUUUUUGGGACACGUCAUUUCCAUCGAUGGCGUUACAAUCGACAAAAAACAAUCGCGACAAUCCAAGACUGGAAGCUGACGGCUAACCUCCAUGAACUUCAGAGU